AUGCGGUUAACGUCAGAUAUUUAUUCUGCAUUCGUGAAGAGUAUAAGCGUAACCUUAGUUAAGGCUGCAGGUAAACGAGUUGUUGAAGCAUAUGAUUCAAAGGCAGAAGAUGAGAAGAAGAGUCUUCUGCUUAGUAUUGCCAAUACUUGUGGUCCAGAGAUGUCAGCGCUUGAGAACGCUAUACUGCUUUACAAAAAGAAUUCAAGUAUGGUACACGAAGUUCGUGAAGCUGCAACACCCGUACAUUUCCGACUUCUGCAGUCUAUUGGAAAUCUCCCUGGUGGAAUACGAGUAAUUUGCGACAUGAGAGCACAUCUUUUGGUUGCAAACUAUGAAGCUGUACAUCCCGUUGAAGGUGUGGUAGACAUCAAAAAACGCGUUGGACCUCACAGAAGGUGA